AUGCGGCCGUUCAAUAUUCUGAAGGACAAGUAUUUCCGGAAGUACUCCCGUUUUCUGAACUCUGUCGAAGGGUAUAUCAAGCCGGCCAAGCCGUGGAAAGCGCGUGAAAAUGUCGACAACAUCGCCGGUGCACUCCGUGAAACGCUAAAGGAUGAAAUUGCCGAUGAAUGUGACUACUACACUGCGUCGGCCGACAUCUGGACAUCCAAGAGCAAGCGCGCAUUUAUUUCGUUCACCCUCCACUAUCUUACCCGCAACUUUGAUCUCAAGAACUGGGUCCUCGAGAUUAAGUCGAUGUCGUGUCUUGCCCACGUUUUACAUCUAAUUGUGGGUGCUGGAAUCGUGAAAAAGAAAUCGGAUCAAGCUGCAAAGGCAAUGCUGGCUGCCGCGAAGUUCAGACAAAGAUUUUGA